CUCCAGUAUUUAUAAAACACUCCCUCUGUAUCAAAGAAACCUAUACGCCUAAACCUGGGAUUUUACAUUGACAUAUCUCCCAAAAAAUUCAAGAAGUACAGACCGAAAGCAAGGUUGGAUUAAAAUAAUCUUCCAGCAUGUCUUGUAACGUUGCUGCACCUUUUAGGUUCCUUUGUGAUCAAGCUGCAGCAUGGGGCAUCGUAUUGGAAACACUGGCUGCAGUUGGGGUGGUUUUCACCAUUGUUCUCAUGUUAGCACUUGCCAUUAUGUUCCCACGUAUCUGUGAUAGUGCUAAGAGAGCGGUGGCCACUAUUCAAUUUAUUUUUCUGUUUGGAGUAUUGGGCAUCUUUGGACUUACAUUUGCCUUCAUCAUUAAUUUGACUCAGCAGACAUGUCCAACACGCUAUUUCCUUUUUGGAGUCCUGUUUGCAAUUUGCUUUUCUUGCCUUUUGGCUCAUGCCAGUAAACUGGUGAGACUGGUCCGAGGAGGAUUGGGCAUCUCAUGGUGGAUCAUGCUCAUCAUUGUUGUUGUCCUCUCAUUUAUACAGAUUAUUAUAGCCAUUCUUUAUGUAGCAAUCUAUCUGACACGGCCAAUAGACAACUGCUUUCUGACACCCAAAGCAAAUAUCGAUUUUGUGCUCAUACUUAUAUAUGUUUUAUUGCUCAUGGCCAUCACGUUUAUCGUGUCAAUAACUGGGUUGUGUGGCCCUUUUAAAUAUUGGAAGAGACAUAGUGCACACAUUUAUGUAACUGUGUUUAUUUCUAUUGGUAUUUGGGUAACAUGGAUUACAAUGCUACUGAUAGGCAAUGCCACUUUAGGACAAUCACCAAAUUGGGAUGACCCAGUGCUAGCCAUAGCUUUGGUAGCCAAUGGUUGGGUUUUUCUCAUAUUAUAUAUCGUUCCAGAGUUUUGUCUUUUGACCAGAUGCCAACCUGACCAAUCUAAUGACACCAACAAAGACCUUCCAUGUCUUCUUAGGCAAACCGUUGGAGUAGACAACCGAGUAUUCACACAAGAUAACUUAAAAAAUGAGCCAGACUCUGGAAGAAGUUCACCACACUCUCACUCACCACAAUUUGAUGCCACUCUUGCUUUGAGGGAACUGGAACCGCAAAAGGAGUUCACUAUACCUCGCCCACAAACAUGCCCAAACUCAUACAUGCACUAUAGAUCUCAUGAUCUCAGUAAUAUGUAGUUAUUCAAAAUGGAGUGUGAUGGUAUUUGACAGAUGAAGACCUACUCACAAGGCAACAGACGUCAUCAAGCAUGUCCUGCCUUACAUCAGUGAACACCACCGAAUUCUAACACAAUUAUGUAUUUUUACAAACCUUUACUGCUUAGUUAUUUUAUUGCCUACUGCCUUAAUGGUUAGAGGAAUAUACUGCUACAAUAAAGAUAUAUAUGUUCCAAAUAUAAAUUAAACUAAAUGAAAAUGACACAUUUUACAAUUGUAAACUUCCAUAAUUAAUGUGAACUACAAAUUGAACAUUACCUAUUGUUUUAAAGAGCCACAAGAAUUUGCUAAUUGGUUGUGCUUCUUUUACACAUUUUAAAUGUAUUUUAAAAUGCCAAAUAUUCCUUCUUAAACUGUACUGGCUCUUUCAGAGAAUAUUUUAAAUUUUGAAUGUUUUGUUAUGUAUAAUAUGAUGCCCAGAUAUGAAACAUUCUCCAGAAUCUUCAUUAAAAAAAAGAACAAUGUUCAACCAGUCCACCAUUUUGUACUAAGGUACUGGCUUGCCAUCGCUUAUGAGUGAAACAUUUAAGGGCAGUUUCAAACAUGACCAUAUAUUACAAUUACAUAUUAUUCAUUAUGAUAUGAUUAAAAGAAUACUCCAAGCCCCAUAAACACUAGCAUGCUAUAGUGGUAAUAGUGGCAGGAGUGUAGUGGCACUUCCCCAUUGCAAGGAAGCAAACCAUUUUAGAACCCUGCCCUAUUCCCUGCUUCCAUUAGGUCUCCUGAGCUAAGCCCUGCAGAGCAUUAGAUGAACACUCUCACUGCAUUAUUGGCUACCAGUUCUCACUAAGCUGUAGAAAAGGUGGGGAGUCGUGUAUUGCAGAUACCACAUAAGAAAUUCAAACAUUCUACAAUGGUUUGACUCCCUACUAUAGGGAAGCAGGGGUGUCAGAACAUUUCUGGCAACUUAACCACUACAACGCAAUGCAGUGGUAAUUGUGCUUGAACUGUUCCUUUAAUUAAUUCAGCUCCAUGAACUAUUGAUCCCACUAGCGUGCUUCUUAUAUUUUAACAUUUAGUAUCAGUGAGCUAAGGCUUUACUAUUUAUGAAAUAAUUAUUUAGUAUUUAUGAAAUCAAGCAGAAAAUUGAUUAGCAAGUUAAAUGCUUACAAAUGUGCUUGAAUUAAAGCAAGCAUGCAUGUGCAAUACAAGCUUAUGAAUGUGUAUGAAUUCAGCACACCUUUAUUAUUUCAUGAUUCAAAGAGCAGAGACAGGUAACAUACACCUUGA